UUAGUAAUCUUGAACAUUGAGGGAAAAGAUUGUCAUCGUACGGCAAGGCCUAGUCGAAGCGAGCUCUGGAAGACGAAUGUGAAACAAAAAUGUCGACUUGAAGAACGAAAACGGAAUCCCCUCCCAGUGGAGUUUUUGAUGCGCCUAGCACCCCUUGUGCACACGAAACAUGAUGAGUGCUUCGGAAGGCCACUGGGAACCGCUGGCAGAGAUCUAUCUGUCGCAUCCAUCGGUGAAGGAUAAGAAAAAGUGCAUCUACUGUCUGUGCAGUCGUGUGUUUAUCAAAAACUACUACGAUGUGUAUGUUUCCACACUGGAGCGUGGCGAUUCCGUACCCUUGAUUUCAUCGAUGGAUCCUGCCGUAGGCACCGAGCAGUUGAACUCUCCGAUAGCAAUAGGGACGCUAGCCGCCAGUACUGGCACUGUUGCUGUUGAUAGUGUUGCUGGAGCUAUCGAAAAGCAAACCCAACCUUCGGAAGGAGCUUUCAGCGAAGAACCACUGGACGUGCUGGAUCGUGCCGAGGUGGACGAUGUGUUCAUUGAGGAGCCGUUGGUGAAGCAGCUGAGCUUCGGACGGGAUGGUUCACGUAAACUUCCCUCCAAGUGGGGUGUUGAGCGGGAUGCAGGGGCAUUCAGUGAUGCCAGCUGCUACUUCAGCGCCAGCGCUAGCCACUCCGAUACCAACUACUGCAGUACGGACGAGCACGAGCAUGUAUUUUUCGGAACUGGAGGUCAGACUACCUCCGCAGGGGCAGUUGGUGGGGGUUCCGGGGCAGCCAUUGCCUCUUCCGGACUGCAUUCGAGUGACAGUGGGGCGGACUUGUCGGAACGGAUUCACGAGCGAAAAUUUUCCUUAAAAGAUGAACUGCUGGAAGGUGGAAGAAGCAACAACGAUGCCGAAGAACGCAGAUGCACGUUGGGUGGUAAUUCCGGAACGGCAUCGGUCGAACGUAACAACAGUCUUCCGGAGGCGUUCGGUAGGGAAGACUUACAUGAAGCAUGGGAAACGUACUGGAGUAAGCAUGGUGAAGGUAUUAUAUGGGCCUCGUGGAUCGAAAAGUACAGCGAUUACAUAAAUCCUAGCUACCUGGAAGCUGAGGACCAAGAUCAAGCGACUGGAACGAACACACCGCAUGAUAAAAGUGAAGCUACGCCCGGGGCAGCCACCGAGGCUGAUAAAGAUUUUUCCUUCGAUAGCGAUGCCGUUGCGGCAACGCGCACAGAAAUCGUAGUGUCGGCUUGUUCGCCUCAUCCGUACACGAAAACGACGUAUCAGACGGCAUUGUGGCCUCUUCCCGGUCAACAGCCUAGCGGCGAUGAGUUGCUGUGGAAUACCCAUCGAUCCGGCAGCUACGAGAAUGAAGCUUUGCUUAGUCCCCGGUGUGAUUCGGUUACCUCCAGCAUCCCGCUAACGAUCGGCACAACCGACUCGAUGACGAACGUCACGCGUAUGACCAUUUCCAGCUACGAUUUUUGUAGCUCUAAGGUGAGCUCGGAAAGCUCAAACCUUAGCGAAAGCCUGAGCUCGGAAGUUACGAGCGAUAGCUCGAACAGUUCCGAUCUGCUCGAGACGGAGUAUUUGGUCGGAGCGGAAAAGACCAAUGCGACGGCUCCAGUACCGCCGGACGAAGAGGCUGCUAUGGACGGUGAACAGUACUGGCAAAUCCUAUGGCAGCAACACUUCCAGGAGCUGUAUGCAAAGCACUACCACCAUUUCAUGGCCGAGCACGAGCAUGACGAACCGACAACGACCGGUGGCCACUACCAAGCUGCCGGUGCCAGUGGGGAAGCCAACGUAAAGUAUCACAGACGCAAACGGAAUAGCAAUAAUGGUGCCAGCGGCAGCAGUGCAGGUGAAUCGUAUCACUUCCGUACGGAACAGUUGCCCGCAAUGGUUGCAGGAUUGCGAUUGUCGCAAAGUGGUGGCGAGCCGAGUGGUGAACCACAGGAUGGUAACGACGACACGGCCGGGAAAGACACCACAAAGGAUUCGAACGCGGACGCGCAAUUAGCAAUCGAGGACCUAUCGGGCAUGCUGGAAUCGUACGGACUUCCGACGGCGUUCGGAAAGCAGGCGCAGUCUCCGGCGGGCGAUGGCGACGAUCGGCCACCGCCGAAUGACAAACCGGUGAAUUUGAAGCGAAGCCACGAGAGCGAUACCGAAGAAACACCCAAGGAGCGGUUGAAGGCUGCGUUCGAGCUGAUGGGUUACUCGUUCUCCGAUCCAGCCAACGAUACCGAGUCGAUAAUCAACAUCACCGGCGAGGUGGUGUACCGGAAGAAGCAUAUACGGUUGCAUAAUCGAGUACUUAAAAUGAAGCACCACAAACCGAAGCACACGUACUUUGACGACGACGGUAAUGAGCAGUCCGUCGCCGGUGGUAACGAUAAGUCCGACCAGGCAGCGCCAGAAGCUCUGCUGCACAGUUCCUCCGACGAGGACGAGGCCAACGCGGGAGCACCGGCGCGACCGAGUGCCCGAUCGAGCACCAUUUUGGAGUACAGUCAGCUGCAGAUCGGUGCCGGGAAGGAGGUGGAAUCGCUCGAGAGUGGUGACGCCGGUCCAGAUGGUGCAACCGAGACACCGAUUGGUGUAGUUUCCGCUCCCAGUGGUGCUGGGGCGAGUGCGAAGAAGGAAAAGAAAAAGAAACGCAAGACCAAGUUUGUGGCCAGCCUGCCGGCGGACAUUGCCAACGACAAAUCGCUGCUCAAGUACUGGUACAAGCGAUUCUCACUGUUCGCGCUGUUCGAUUCGGGCAUUCGUCUCGACCGUGAGUCGUGGUUUUCGGUCACCCCGGAAAAGGUGGCCGCCCACACGGCCGAACGGUGCCGUGCGGACGUGAUCGUCGAUGCGUUCUGCGGCUGCGGUGGAAAUACAAUACAGUUCGCUUUCACCUGUCAGCGAGUGAUCGCAAUCGAUAUCGAUCCACGCAAGAUCGAGAUGGCCAAACACAACGCGGCUGUCUACGGCGUGGCGGAUCGGAUAGAGUUUAUCAUUGGGGACUUUAUGCAGCUGGUCGACAAGCUGCGAGCGGACACGAUAUUCCUGUCGCCACCGUGGGGCGGUCCAAGCUACCUGAAGGACGAGGUGUACGACUUGGAGCAGUCCCUGCUGCCCGUCCCUGCCACCGAGCUGAUGCGUGCUGCCCAGCGAGUGAGCAAAAAUGUGGCAAUGUAUUUGCCGCGCAACUCCAACACCCAACAGCUGACGAUGCUGGCCGGACCGAACGGAGCGGUAGAAAUAGAACAAAAUUUCCUCGACCGUAAACUUAUCGCACUAACGGCCUACUAUGGCGAUCUGAUCAACGAAUAGAUCGGCUGCCAACGAUUGCUAGCAGUGCAAUGCGGGACAACUCUAUCGCUGCAUUCCUCGUUCACCGUAAACAACCGUUCUGUUUCGAUUUAGCAUCGUAACAGCCAGCAUAACUUCCGGACGCACAAUGCCCCAAUGCUUUGAUAAAUCCUCAUCGAAAUCGUUCAUUUGCCCCACGGUGCAGUUCGAUUUUGUUUCAUUGCAAUUCUGUCUAGAUGUAACGUAAGAGAUAGAUCAAUCAUUUGAACGUAACACCACCGUACAACGCCAAUGUUGUUCGGAACUCUACCGUAAAUGUAUGUGACAUUGAGUUGAGUGAGAUAUCGUUAGCGCACAAUAGUGCUUACACGUGUGCUCGGGACGUGUCUCCUUCAAACUAGACCAUUUUCAUUAGGACAAUCUUUACUAUAAUUUAGAAUAUCAAUUUACUGCAACACCAGUUGGCUAGGGGUUUUCAUCUACCACCUGAACGUUUGUUGAUUGCUACAGCUAGUAAUUUGUGUUCGUCUUUUACAAUAUAUUUCAAAUGCAUUUCAAUGAGUUGGACGCGAUCGGUUUUAGACCACUACGUAAUAUUAGCCGGUGUCUUGUGUGCACGAUCGAAUAGGGGGACAUCAACCACUUAAAAAUGCGUUCUGGUGUAAGUGAUUGAAUUAAACAAAAGAAUCGUGAAGAAAAACACUUUAACUGCAGAAAAUAAAAGUUCGAUUUUAUUUCAAUGUAA